CCAGCAUUCAUCCACCCAACACCAACGACAGUUCCAAUACGGUUUCAUUCACCCAUGUCGCUCCGUAUCACCCCUGGCAAGGCUCAGCCCUCCUCCAUUUCCAUUACCCAGACCGCAUCCACCUCUGUCGCCGGUGUACACGACACUCUACGCCAUGGAAACAAGUCUUUUGCAGCGGAUGUCAAUUCUCGUCAUCCAUUGGAGGCGCGUUUGCAGAAUUGGGAGGCUACACAAGAAGAGCUCCGCAUGGAGACCUUGAAGCGGCUAUACGGUGUUGCCGAGCCAGUGAGGAGACAAAUGGAACUGAAGCUAUGCGGUGCCGACGAUUUCCGCCCAACAACCUUGGGCGGACCUGGUAAUCUCCACUUGGAUAUUCUAAGAGGGAAGGAUACUACAUUGGAUGUUGAAGAUGUGUUUGACGGCCGCGACAUGGCAACCAUUGACUUCCAUACCGAGUUGGAGGCACGUAUGCGUUGAUGUUCGAAAGGCGGGC